AAACAAGUCAGGCAUUUUAAGCUUGAGUUUUUGAAGUGGUACCUCUUCUAGCUGUGGCCAGAUUGCUGCAAUGGACCCCUGGGCAGUCACCACUCUCACCCUUGUGGUUUGUGUCUCUUUCUUGGUCAUUUUAUCACUGUGGAGAAAAGAUUAUAAAGGAAGAAAGCUGCCUCCUGGGCCAGCUCCUCUCCCCCUCAUUGGAAAUUUGCUUCAGCUAGACAUGAAGGACUUCUCUACAUCUCUCUGCAAGCUAUCUGAAAAGUAUGGCCCUGUGAUUACUGUGUAUGUUGGGUCUCAGCCAAUGGUGAUUCUACAUGGAUACAAGGCACUGAAGGAAGCUCUGAUUGAUCAGGGAGACAUUUUUGGAGGCAGGGGAAAAAUACCAAUAUUUGAUGACAUUUACAAAGGACAUGGAAUUGUUUUCAGCCAUGGAGAAAAGUGGAAACAAAUCCGCCGAUUUUCCCUGAUGACACUGAGGAACUUUGGAAUGGGGAAGAGGAGCAUUGAGGAGCGUAUCCAGGAGGAAGCUCAGUUCCUUUUGGAGGAACUGAGGAAAACAAAUGGUCAACCCUUUGACCCAACCUUCAUCCUUGGAUGUGCCCCUUGCAAUGUUAUCAGCUCCAUCCUCUUCCAUCAGCGUUUCAACUAUGACAAUGAGGAAUUUCUUUCUAUGAUGAGGAUAUUAAAUGACAAUUUUAUUCUACUGAACUCACCAGUGGUUCAGCUUUAUAAUAAUUUCCCUUGGCUCUUCCGCUACUUUCCUGGACUUCACAAGAUAUUUUUUUCAAAUAUCAAUAUACUUAAAGAGUUUAUUUUGGAGAAAACAAAGAAACACCAAGAGAUCCUGGAUCCUAACAAUCUUAAGAAUUACAUUGACUGCUUCCUCUACAAAAUGAAGCAGGACCAAAAAAAUCUAGAAUCUGUGUUUGACCUGGAAAAUCUGGCAAUAACAGCAAUGGAUUUAUUUGACGCUGGAACAGAAACAACCAGUUCCACCUUGAGAUAUGGACUGCUUCUCAUCAUGAAGCACCCAGAAGUACAAGAUAAAAUUCAUGAAGAAAUUGAUCGAGUGAUUGGACAACAUAGAACUCCUUCUAUUAAAGACAAACUGGAGAUGCCCUAUACAGAAGCCGUGAUGCAUGAGAUACAGAGAUAUGUUAAUCUUACCCCUUUCAGUUUGCCCCAUCAGGUAACCUGUGACACCCAAUUCCAACAGUACUUCAUACCUAAGGGUACAACCGUGCUCCCAUUGCUCUCCUCUGUCUUGUUUGACCCAAAAGAAUUCCCUAACCCACAUGAAUUUGACCCAGGGCACUUCCUGAAUAAGGAUGGCAGUUUUAGGAAGAGUGACUACUUCAUGCCUUUUUCUAUAGGAAAAAGGGCCUGUGUAGGAGAGGGCCUGGCUAAGAUGGAAUUGUUUUUAUUCCUGGUCACCAUUCUGCAAAACUUUACCCUCAAGAGUACCAUUGAUACAAAGGAAAUCAACAUCAAGCCAUGUUCUACUGGACUUUUUACUGUUCCUCCAAAGUUCCAGCUGUGCCUUCUUCCCCGCUAA